AUGGAGAUUCACUCGGUACUGCCUGAGGAGCGAGCAAGAGAUGCAAAGGGAGACCCAUUGCCAUGGGGCUAUCGGUACCCAGAAUCGUCCCGCGGCGUGAAGCAAGUCGAAGAAACUGGCGCCUUUGGCAGACAUAGGAGUUUGCGCGCAUCGGGUUCCAGAUCAUCUGGGUCACGAGCCGGAACCACACCCGUGCGCCAGAAGGAGAAUGCAGCCGUGGUCGACUUUGGCAAGAUCUUUGCUAGGGAACAAGCGUCGCAGCCAGACGCAGCAAGCGGCGUGUCAUCAGAUACUGCGCGACCGAUAGAGCCAGAUGCGAUACCUACAGAGUGUCUGCUGUACGGCUACGCGAGCAAAGAAUCCGAGUGGAAGGUCAUCUCAAAGUUCGAGAAGAUCGUGGCGCCGUCUAUAAUAUGCGAAGACUAUCCUCGAGAAGAUCCGAAUUUAUUCCUCAAUUCCAACUCGCCGAUGGGCUAUUCGCGAUCGUCAAUAGUGGUGCACAAGAAUUUGUCCAGGGAAGCACUGAAGAAGUCAAGAGUGUACAAAGGCGGCAAGCACUGGAUCAAGUUGACAUUCGACUCAUACCCAGCUGCAGAGCGAGCAUGCUUCUAUAGCCCGCUCGAGAUCGACGGCUUCAUGGUGCAUUGCGAGAUAUGGCAAGGUCGGGGCCCAACAGCAGACGUCCCUAUACCGCGAGGUUCAGAGACAGGCAAUUUGCUGUCGCGAAGUCCAACAAAGAAUCGCACAAUGCCCACAUCACAGUCAACGCAGUUCUUGUCCGGCAAAGCGUCAGCCAUGUCAGGUUUCGAGAGGGCUAUGCAGACACUACCACGAUCUCAUACUAUGCCAGAUGUCCAAUAUGGACAACCUGAAGUACAGGACGACAUCUCGCUGAAUUCAACAACCGCAUCGUCCGCUACUACUACCGGUCAAGACGCCUUACUGCCGCCUCAGACACCGAAUGUGCGCUCGCGAUCGAUACCAAACCUCCCGUCCCAAGCAACUCCUGCCGGACAGAUGAUCUCGCCAUCGAAAUCCACAUACAUGACAGCCAUCCCUUCAGCAAAGCGCAUGAAAGUCCGCGACAUAUCCGAGGCUUUGCCUUCUCAACCCUCCUUCUCAGAACGUUUGCUCGGAAGUCUGCCUGUCAUCAGUUGGUUCAUAUCGAGCAAGGGAGGCGCUGGCGGUGUGAUCAGUGAAGGUCCGGAGCUUAAGGAGGAUGGAACUUGGGACUACGAGAAGAACGGGUGGUACUGGAGCUUCUGGAUGGGUGUGGAUAGUUGGCUCGGCACAGAUUUCUGUGGUGUAAAGGAGGAGUAG